GCCUUUCCCUCUCUGACUGUAGAGGAACGCCCCAGUCUACAUAGAAGGAAAAUUGUUUUGCUGCAUUUCUGCACAGCCCUCACUCCAAAUGCAGUAGAGAGAGAGAGAGAGAGAGAUUGGGGGCAGGCUCUGGACUGGUGUUCUGGGCUAUUUCAACUUCAGGGCAACUUUAGAGAACUUCAGUUAUUUUGGCUUCUGGCAGACAGCUGAGACCAGCAGAGUCUGAUGCGGAUGUGGAUGCUGAUGCUGACGCUGAUGCAGAAGAAGAUGAUUCUGUCAAUGAAGUGACAAUAGAAGACAUACGACCAAGGCCACAAGGAUCCUCUCCAGUUUAUGAAUAUUCCAUAGAAGAAGACUAUUUUAACAAAAAGCUUCAAGAAGAUCUAGAGAACAAAAAAUAUUCUAGAGACAAAGAAAAACUGGCUCACCCAGAGAAGACCAUGGAAGUGACCCUGACAACAGAAGUGGAGUCUGGGGCUAGUGGUUUCAGUGUGACUGGAGGAGGAAAUGAAGGAAUAUUUAUAAAACAAGUACUCAAGGAAUCCCCUGCUUCAAAAUUAUUCAGUAUGAGAGAAGGUGAUCAGCUUCUCAGUGCCACAAUAUUUUUUGAUAAUAUCAAAUAUGAAGAUGCACUCAAGAUUCUUCAAUAUUCUGAGCCAUAUAAAGUCCAAUUCAGCCUCAAAAGAAAGCUUGUUGAGAAAGAAGAGUUAGAACAAUUUCAUUCAACAACACAGUACAAGAAAGAAAAAAUAAUUCAGGGAAAAGAACAAAGGGAAUAUAUUCCUGAAGAAACAAUGCAAAUUUCAGAAAAGACAAUCUCAGAAGAAGACCAAGAAAAGUUAAUUGUAAAACAAAGAGUGGGAAGAACAAAGCGACCCAAAAAAGAGAGACUGUCGUGGCCAAAAUUCCAGUCAAUUAAAAAUAAAAAGAUCUUGGGGCACAGAAGAUCUCAUAGUACAUCAGAUGCAUAUGAGCACACCCUACAGGAUAUUUCCCCAACAAGCACUGAUACCGAGUCUCAAUUUCAACAAGAAAAAAUCCAAAAAAAAGGAAGCCAAAAGAAACUGAAGUUCCCUAACAUUGGAUUCAAGAUGCAUAAAACAAAAACAGACAUUGAAGACAAGCAGAGAUCAGAAAUAAAAAGUGUGAUACAUCCUGGAAAGGAUAAAAAACAGAGAGAAGAUAUCAGCAUGGAGACACCAGAAAUAUUAACCGUUGAGUACACUACUUCUCCGCUUGAAAUACAAACAGGUGAAAUACAUGGCAGCAUCAAAAAAGACAUGGAAAAUGGUUUACCGAUCCAUACAAAAAAAUGCCCUGAAGUUGAAAUUAGCAUCAGAAAACAAAAAGGCCAGAAAGCAACAUCAAAGCACAUUGAUAUACAACAAGAAGUACCUGUUAUAAAAACACAGAUAGAAAAAACAAUUUCAGAAACACCAAGCAAACAAAUACCUCAGGCUUUACCAAGAACACGAAAGAAGAAACAAAAAGGUUCUUCUGAACAAAUACAAAUUCAAAAACCAACCAAAAUAGAACUACAACCUGAAGGAGCAGGCCUAAUACAAAGAGAGAUUAAAGGCCAUACACCUCCGAGUUCAAUUCACGUAAAGGGACUAGAAAUAGGAAUAGCAAAGACAGAACAAAGCAAAACACCACAAGAAGCAGAUUCAAAAGAAAGGCAGGCGGAGGAUGAGACUCAAAUAUCAAAACAACAAAAAGCAAAGGUUGGAUUAGCAAUUCCAAAAGGGAAAGGACCAGAAAGUGAAAUCACUUUAAUAAAAUUAGAAACUGACAUUCCAAAGACAACACAGAAAACUGAAGAGGUUGGAAUAAAAAUGGAAGCAACAAAAAAUGAAGUAAAAUCAGAUAUCAUGGAACUAAUGCCGGAAGACUCAGCAUGGAAAAUGCAAAUGCCAUCCCUGAAAAUGACCCAAAAACCUGAAAUGGACCUUAAAGUCACGAAGGCAGACAUCAGCAUCCCAUCAACGGAGAUUUCAGUGAAAAAGUCACAAAUGGCAUCUAAAUUCCCACCUGAUGAAGAUAAAAUUAUACAUCUUGAAAGUGAGGUAAAAAUAAUAGAAAAAGAUACAGAAGGAAAAGAGAGCAAAUUCAAAAUGCCAAAGCUCAGAUUACCUACAUUUACUUGGUCUACUACAAAAGAUACAAGUGCAGAAGUAGCUGGUGAGGCACAACUCAAAACAGCACACAUGUCUAUACCAACAGCUAGAGCAGAAGGAGACAUAACACUGAAAGGAACUGACAUACAGGCUCCAAGUCUGGACCUCGACAUUGGGCAAGUGCAGGUCACUGUGUCGAAGGAAGAGCCAGAACUUUCACUGCCAAAGACCCAGGCUCAAAUGAAAAAGGAAGAUUUAGCAGUAAAAGCCCUAGAGCUGGAAGCCAGCACUGAGAUAACUACAGGAAAAACUGAGGGAAAAAGCAUGAAAAUCCAUAAGAAGAAAGUAAAGAUGCCAAAAAUGGGAUUUCCCAAACCGGAUAUAAAAGCACCAAACGUAGACGUCACCCUACCCACCUGCAUGGUCAGUAUUCCCCAAGUGGACAUGAAACAAGGACCAGUGGCCAUUGAAGUUGACAUCACUGAGCCGGAUGAAAAAGCUCCAGAUCUCGGGGAAAGCACGGACAUAAAGGGAAUACAAAGAGACUCAAAAGUAAAGCUGGAGGGUGAAGGUGAAAUCAAAGCAGGUGACAAAGAGACCAAAGUCAAGGACAGCAAGUUCAAAAUGCCCAAAUUCGGCAUGCCUUCCUUUGGCUGGUCCAGCUCCAAAGAGGCCCGGGUGGGAGCAGCUGAUGUGCAGGUGAGCCUUACCGGGCCCCAGGUGACCUUGCCAGCAGCCACCGUGGAAGGAGAGGUCAGCGUGCCUGCCGCUGAGAUCCAGGCUCCCGGUGUGGACCUCGACAUUGGGGUGUCUGCCAGCAAAGAGGGGGAGAAGGGGAAAAUGAAGAUGCCAAGCGAAACGCUUCCCAAGGUGAAGAUGCCACACGUGCAGGUCAGCCUGCCAAAGGCUGAGGCUGAUGUUUCACUUCCCGACACCCAAGCUGAAAUGAAAGGGGGAGACUUAGCAGUGAAGGUCCCAGCUGCAGAAGGCAGCAUCGACAUCCCUGCAGGCAAAGCCGAGGGCACGGGAAUGAAAAUGCACAUGCCAAAAGUCAAGAUGCCUAGUAUCGGAUUCUCCAAACCCGACAUCAAAGCGCCCAAACUAGACGUGGACGUCACCUUACCCAAAGUAGACGUCACCCUGCCCACCUGUGAGGUCAGCCUUCCCCAAGGGGACCUGAAGACGAGCCCUGUGGACGGCGAUAUCAGCAUCACUGCGCCAGAUGUGAAGGCUCCUGCACUGGAAGGCAGCCUGGAUGUGAAGACGCCCAAGAUUGGUGCCGAAGCACCAUCUGCCCAGAUUGCAUUCGGUGGUGCCGAGCUGGACACUGGAGGCAUGAAAGAGAAGAUUAAGAUGCCAAAAUUUGACAAGCCAAAGUUUGGAGUUUCCCUCCCCAAAGUUCACAUGCCAGAAGGCAAGAUCAGCCUGCCUAUGGUGGAAGGGGACCUUCCCCAGACCAAAGUGACAGCUGAGGGGGCGGUCAUGUCGCUGGAGACCCCUGAGGUCCAGGUAAAAGCAGAGGUGCCAGACACCGAAGCCGACGUCUCCAGCUGCAAAGUGCAAAUGCCAUCCCUGAAAAUGCCCCAAAUGCCAAAAGCUGACAUUAAAGGCCCGAAGAUGGACGUCAGCCUGUCAUCGGUGGAGGUCAGUCUGCCAAAAGUCGAUGUGGAGGUUGGAGGGCUGGAAGUUGCUGCUGGGAAGAUGGAGGUCGAAGGUGAAAUGAAAAUGGGUAAGAAAGAGGCCAAAGGCAAAGACAGCAAGUUCAAAAUGCCCAAAUUCAGCAUGCCUUCCUUUGGCUGGUCCAGCUCCAAAGAGGCCCGGGUGGGAGCAGCCGAUGUGGAGGUGAGCCUCACGGGGCCCCAGGUGACCUUGCUGACAGCCAGCGUGGAAGGAGAGGUCAGCGCGCCUGCCGCUGAGAUCCAGGCUCCCGGUGUGGACCUCGACAUUGGGGUGUCUGCCAGCGAAGAGGGGGAGAAGGGGAAAAUGAAGAUGCAAAGUGUGACGCUUCCCAAGGUGAAGAUGCCACACGUGCAGGUCAGCCUACCUAAGGGCGAGGCUGAUGUUUCACUUCCCGACACCCAAGCUGAAAUGCCUAGUAUGGGAUUCUCCAAACCCGACAUCAAAGUGCCCAAACUCGACGUGGAUGUCACCUUACCCAAAGUUGACAUCACCCUGCCCACCUGCGAGGUCAGCCUUCCCCAAGCGGACCUGAAGGCAGGCCCUGUGGCCGGGGACAUCAGCAUCACUGAACUGGAUGUGAAGGCUCCUGCGCUGGAAGGCAGCCUGGAUGUGAAGACACCCCAGAUUGAUGCCGAAGCGCCAUCUGCCCAGAUUGCAUUGGGCGGUGCCGAGCUGGACACUGGGGGCCUGAAAGGGAAGAUUAAGAAGCCUAAAUUUGACAAGCCAAAGUUUGGAGUUUCCCUCCCCAAAGGGCCUGUGCCAGCAGGCAAGAUAAGCCUGCCUAUGGUGGAAGGGGACCUUCCUCAGGCCAAAGCGACAGCAGAGGGGGCGGUCAUGUCACUGGAGACCCCCAAGGUCCAGGUAAAAGCAGAGGUGCCCGACACCGAAGCCGACAUCUCCAGCUGGAAAGUGCAAAUGCCAUCCCUGAAAAUGCCCAAAAUGCCAAAAGCUGAACUCAAAGGCCCGAAGAUGGACGUCAGCCUGCCAUCUGUGGACGUCAGUCUGCCAAAAGUCGAAGUGGAGGUUGGAGGACUGGAAGUUGCUGCUGGGAAGAUGGAGGUCGAAGGUGAAAUCAAAGGGGGCGAGAAAGAGGCCAAAGGCAAAGAUAGCAAGUUCAAAAUGCCCAAAUUUGGCAUGCCUUCCUUUGGGUGGUCCAGCUCCAAAGAGGCCCGGGUGGGAGCAGCCGAUGCGGAGGUGAGCCUUACCGGGCCCCACGUGACCAUACCGGCAGCCAGUGUGGAAGGAGAGGUCAGCGCGCCUGCCGCUGAGAUCCAGGCUCCCGGUGUGGACCUUGAAAUUGGGGUGUCUGCCAUCAAAGAGGGGGAGAAGGGGAAAAUGAAGAUGCCAAGCGUGAUGCUUCCCAAGGUGAAGAUGCCAGACAUGCAGGUCAGCCUGCCAAAGGCUGAGGCUGAUGUUUCACUUCCCGACACCCAAGCUGAAAUGAAAGGGGGAGACUUAGCAUUGAAGGUCCCAGCUGCAGAGGGCAGCAUCGACAUCCCUGCAAGCAAAGCCGAGGGCACGGAGAUGAAAAUGCACAUGCCAAAAGUCAAGAUGCCUAGUAUGGGAUUCUCGAAACCUGACAUCAAAGUGCCCAAACUCGACGUGGACGUCACCUUCCCCAAACUCGACGUCACCCUGCCCACCUCCGAGGUCAGCCUUCCCCAAGCAGACCUGAAGGCAGGACCUGUGGACGGAGAUAUAAGCAUCACAACGCCGGACGUGAAGGCUCCUGCACUGGAAGGCAGCCUGGAUGUGAAGACACCCCAGAUUCAUGCCAAAGCACCACCUGCCCAGAUUGCAUUGGGCGGUGCUGAGCUGGACACCGGCGGCUUGAAAGAGAAGAUUAAGAAGCCAAAAUUUGACAAGCCAAAGUUUGGAGUUUCCCUCCCCAAAGGGCACGUGCCAGAAGGCAAGAUCAGCCUGCCUGUGGUGGAAGGGGACCUUCCCCAGGCCAAAGUGACAGCUGAGGGGGUGGUUAUGUCACUGGAGACUCCCGAGGUCCAGGUGAAAGCAGAGGUGCCAGACACCGAAGCUGACAUCUCCAGCUGGAAAGUUCAAAUGCCAUCCCUGAAAAUGCCCCAAAUGCCAAAAGCUGACAUCAAAGGCCAGAAGAUGGAUGUCAGCCUGCCAUCGGUGGAUGUCAGCCAGCCAAAAGUCGAUGUGGAGGUUGGAGGGAUGGAAGUUGCUGCUGGGAAGAUGGAGGUCGAAGGUGCAAUCAAAGCGAGCGAAAAAGAGGCCAAAGGCAAAGACAGCAAGUUCAAAAUGCCCAAAUUCGGCAUGCCUUCAUUUGGCUGGUCCAGCUCCAAAGAGGCCCGGGUAGGAGCAGCCGAUGUGGAGGUAAGCGUCACCGGGCCCCAGGUGACCUUGCCGGCAGCCAGCAUGGAAGGAGAGGUCAGCGCGCUUGCCGCUGAGAUCCAGGCUCCCAGUGUGGACCUCGACAUUGGGGUGUUUGCCAGCAAAGAGGGGGAGAAGGGGAAAAUGAAGAUGCCAAGCGUGACGCUUCCCAAGGUGAAGAUGCCGCAUGUGCAGGUCAGCCUGCCGAAGACUGAGGCUGAUGUUUCACUUCCCGACACCCAAGCUGAAAUGAAAGGGGGAGACUUAGCAGUGAAGGUCCCAGCUCCAGAGGGCAGCAUCGACAUGCCUGCAGGCAAAGCUGAGGGCACAGGAAUGAAAAUGCACAUGCCAAAAGUCAAGAUGCCUAGUAUGGGAUUCUCCAAACCUGACAUCAAAGCACCCAAACUAGACGUGGACAUCACCUUACCCAAAAUAGACGUCACCCUGCCCACCUGUGAGGUCAGCCUUCCCGAAGCAGACCUGAAGGCGGGCCCUGUGGACGGUGAUAUGAGCAUCACUGCACCGGAUGUGAAGGCUCCUGCACUGGAAGGCAGCCUGGAUGUGAAGACGCCCCAGAUUGAUGCCGAAGCGCUAUCUGCCCAAAUAGCAGUGGGUGGCACUGAGCUGGACACAGGAGGCCUGAAAGAGAAGAUUAAGAUGCCAAAAUUUGACAAGCCAAAGUUUGGAGUUUCCCUCCCCAAAGUGCAGAUGCCAGAAGACAAGAUCAGCCUGCCUAUGGUGGAAGGGGACUUUCCCCAGGCCAAAGUAACAGCCGAGGGGGCGGUCAUGUCGCUGGAGACCCCCGAGGUCCAGGUGAAACCCAAAGUGCCAGACACCGAAGUCGACGGCUCCAGCUGGAAAGUGCAAAUGCCAUCCCUGAAAAUGCCCCAAAUGCCAAAAGCUGACAUCAAAGGCCUGAAGAUGGAUGUCAGCCUGCCAUCGGUUGACGUCAGUCUGCCAAACGUCGAUGUGGAGGUUGGAGGGCUGGAAGUUGCUGCUGGGAAGAUGGAGGUCGAAGGUGAAAUCAAAGCAGGCAAGAAAGAGACCAAAGGCAAGGACAGCAAGUUCAAAAUGCCCAAAUUCGGCAUGCCUUCCUUUGGCUGGUCCAGCUCCAAAGAGGCCCGGGUGGGAGCAGCCGAUGUGGAGGUGAGCCUCACCGGGCCCCAGGUGACCUUGGCAGCAGCCAGCGUGGAAGGAGAGGUCAGCACGCCUGCUGCUGAGAUCCAGGCUCCCAGUGUGGACCUCGACAUUGCCAGCAAAGAGGGGGAGAAGGGGAAAAUGAAGAUGCCAAGCGUGACGCUUCCCAAGGUGAAGAUGCCACACGUGGAGGUCAGCCUCCCUAAGUCCGAGGCUGAUGUUUCACUUCCCGACACCCAAGCUGAGAUGAAAGGCGGAGACUUAGCAGUGAAGGUCUCAGCUGCAGAAGGCAGGAUCGACAUGCCUGCAGUUAAAGCCGAGGGCACAGGGAUAAAAAUGCACAUGCCAAAAGCCAAGAUGCCUAGUAUGGGAUUCUCCAAACCUGACAUCAAAGCGCCCAAACUCGACGUGGAUGUCACCUUACCUAAAGUCGACAUCACCCUGCCCAAAUGCGAGGUCAGCCUUCCAAAAGCAGACCUGAAGGCGAGCCCUGUGGACGGUGAUAUGAGCAUCACUGCACCGGAUGUGAAGGCUCCUGCACUGGAAGGCAGCCUGGAUGUGAAGACGCCCCAGAUUGAUGCCGAAGCGCCGUCUGCCCAAAUUGCGUUGGGUGGUGCUGAGCUGGACACUGGGGGCCUGAAAGGAAAGAUUAAGAAGCAAAAACUUGACAAGCCAAAGUUUGGAGUUUCCCUCCCCAAAGGGCCUAUGCCAGAAGGCAAGAUCAGCCUGCCUACGGUGGAAGGGGACCUUCCCCAGGCCAAAGUGACAGCUGAGGGGGCGGUCGUUUCACUGGAGACCCCCGAGGUCCAGGUGAAAGCUGAGGUGCCAGACACCGAAACCGACGUCUCCAGCUGGAAAGUGCAAAUGCCAUCCCUGAAAAUGCCCAAAAUGCCAAAAGCUGACAUCAAAGGCCCGAAGAUGGACGUCAGCCUGCCAUCGGGGGACGUCAGUCUGCCAAAAGUCGAUGUGGAGGUUGGAGGGCUGGAAGUUGCUGCUGGGAAGAUGGAGGUAGAAAGUGAAAUCAAAGGGGGUGAGAAAGAGGCCAAAGGCAAAGACAGCAAGUUCAAAAUGCCCAAAUUCGGCAUGCCUUCCUUUGGGUGGUCCAGCUCCAAAGAGGCCCGGGUGGGAGCAGCCGAUGUGGAGGUGAGCCUCACUGGGCCCCAGGUGACCUUGCCAGCAGCCAGUGUGGAAGGAGAGGUCAGCGCGCCUCCCAUUGAGAUCCAGGCUCCUGGUGUGGACCUCGACAUUGGGGUGUCUGCCAGCAAAGAGGAGGAGAAGGGGAAAAUGAAGAUGCCAAGCGUGACGCUUUCCAAGGUGAAGAUGCCACAUGUGCAGGUCAGCCUGCCGAAGGCCGAGGCUGAUGUUUCAGUUCCUGACACCCAAGCUGAAAUGAAAGGCGGAGACUUGGCAGUGAAGGUCCCAGCUGCAGAGGGCAGCAUCGACAUGCCUGAAGGCAAAGCCAAGGGAACGAGAAUGAAAAUCCACAUGCCAGAAGUCAAGAUGCCUAGUAUGGGAUUCUCCAAACCUGACAUCAAAGCGCCCAAACUCGACAUGGACAUCACCUUCCCCAAAGUCGACAUCACCCUGCCCUCCUGUGAGGUCAGCCUUCCCCAAGCAGACCUGGAGGCGAGCCCUGUGGUCGGCAACAUCAGCAUCACCACGCCAGAUGUGAAGGCUCCUGCACUGGAAGGCAGCCUGGAUGUGAAGACACCCCAGAUUCAUGCCGAAGCACCAUCUGCCCAGAUUGCAGUGGGCGGUGCCGCGCUGGACACCGGCAGCUUGAAAGGGAAGAUUAAGAAGCCAAAAUUUGACAAACCUAAGUUUGGAGUUUCCCUUCCUAAAGAGCACAUGCCAGAAGGCAAGAUCAGCCUGCCUAUGGUGGAAGGGGAUCUUCCCCAGGCCAAAGUGACAGCCGAGGGGGCGGUCGUGUCACUGGAGACCCCAGCGGUCCAGGUGAAAGCCAAAGUGCCAGACACCGAAGCCAACAUCUCCAGCUGGAAUGUGGAAAUGCCAUCCCUGAAAAUGCCCAAAAUGCCAAAAGCUGACCUCAAAGACCCGAAGAUGGAUGUCAGCCUGCCACCGGAGGAUGUCAGUUUGCCAAAAGUCGACAUGGAGGUUGGAGGGCUGGAAGUUGCUGCUGGGAAGAUGGACGUCGAAGGUGAAUUUAAAGCAGGCGAGAAAGAGGCCAAAGGCAAAGACAGCAAGUUCAAAAUGCCCAAAUUCGGCAUGCCUUCCUUUGGGUGGUCCAGCUCCAAAGAGGCCCGGGUGGGAGCAGCCAAUGUGGAGGUGAGCCUCACCGGGCCCCAGGUGACCUUGCCGACAUCCAGCGUGGAAGAAGAGGUCAGCGCGCCUGCCGCUGAGAUCCAGGCUCCCAGUGUGGACCUCAACAUUGGGGUGUCUGCCAGCAAAGAGGGGGAGAAGGCGAAAAUGAAGAUGCCAAGCAUGACGCUUCCCAAGGUGAAGAUGCCACACGUGCAGGUCACCCUACCUACGGCCAAGGCUGAUGUUUCACUUCCCGACACCCAAGCUGAUAUCAAAGGCGGAGACUUAGCAGUCAAGAUCUCAACUGCAGAAGGCAGGAUCGACAUGCCUGCAGUUAAAGCCGAGGGCACAGGGAUAAAAAUGCACAUGCCAAAAGUCAAGAUGCCUAGUAUGGGAUUCUCCAAACCUGACAUCAAAGCGCCCAAACUCGACGUGGAUGUCACCUUACCCAAAGCCGAAGUUACCCUGCCCAAAUGCGAGGUCAGCCUUCCCGAAGCAGACCUGAAGGCGGGCCCUGUGGACGGUGAUAUGAGCAUCACUGCAUCAGAUGUGAAGGCUCCUGCACUGGAAGGCAGCCUGGAUGUGAAGACGCCCCAGAUUGAUGCCGAAGCGCCAUCUGCCCAGAUUGCAUUGGGCGGUGCUGAGCUGGACACUGGGGGCCUGAAAGGGAAGAUUAAGAAGCAAAAACUUGACAAGCCAAAGUUUGGAGUUUCCCUCCCCAAAGGGCCUAUGCCAGAAGGCAAGAUCAGCCUGCCUACGGUGGAAGGGGACCUUCCCCAGGCCAAAGUGACAGCUGAGGGGGCGGUCGUGUCACUGGAGACCCCCGAGGUCCAAGUGAAAGCUGAGGUUCCAGACACUGAAGCUGACGUCUCCAGCUGGAAAGUGCAAAUGCCAUCCCUAAAAAUGCCCCAAAUGCCAAAAGCUGACAUCAAAGGCCCGAAGAUGGACGUCAGCCUGCCAUCGGUGGACGUCAGUCUGCCAAAAGUCGAUGUGGAGGUUGGAGGGCUGGAAGUUGCUGCUGGGAAGAUGGAGGUAGAAAGUGAAAUCAAAGGGGGUGAGAAAGAGACUAAAGGCAAAGACAGCAAGUUCAAAAUGCCCAAAUUCGGCAUGCCUUCCUUUGGCUGGUCCAGCUCCAAAGAGGCCCGGGUGGGAGCAGUCGAUGUGGAGGUGAGUGUCACCGGGACCCAGGUGACCUUGCCAGCAGCCAGCGUGGAAGGAGAGGCCAGUACGCCUCCCGCUGAGAUCCAGGUUCCGGGUGUGGACCUCGACAUUGGGGUGUCUGCCAGCAAAGAGGGGGAGAAGGGGAAAAUGAAGAUGCCAAGCGUGACGCUUCCCAAGGUGAAGAUGCCACACAUGCAGGUCAGCCUGCCGAAGGCCGAGGCUGAUGUUUCACUUCCCGACACCCAAGCUGAAAUGAGAGGGGGAGACUUAGCAGUGAAGGUCCCAGCUGCAGAGGGCAGCAUCGACAUGCCUGCAGUCAAAGCCGAGGGAACGGGAAUGAAAAUCCACAUGCCAAAAGUCAAGAUGCCUAGUAUUGGAUUCUCCAAACCUGACAUCAAAGCGCCCAAACUCGACAUGGACGUCACCUUCCCCAAAGUCGACGUCACCCUGCCCUCCUGUGAGGUCAGCCUUCCCCAAGCGGACCUGAAGGCAGGCCCUGUGGUCUGCGACAUCAGCAUCACCACGCCAGAUGUGAAGGCUCCUGCACUGGAAGGCAGCCUGGAUGUGAAGACACCCCAGAUUGAUGCCGAAGCACCAUCUGCCCAGAUUGCAGUGGGCGGUGCCGCGCUGGACACCGGCGGCUUGAAAGGGAAGAUUAAGAAGCCAAAAUUUGACAUACCAAAGAGUGGAGUUUCCCUCCACAAAGAACACAUGCCAGAAGGCAAGAUCAGCCUGCCUGUGGUGGAAGGGGAUCUUCCCCAGGCCAAAGUGACAGCUGAGGGGGCAGUCGUGUCACUGGAUACCCCGAAGGUCCAGGUGAAAGCAAAAGUGCCAGACACCGAAGCCGACAUCUCCAGCUGGAAAGUGGAAAUGCCAUCCCUGAAAAUGCCCCAAAUGCCAAAAGCUGACCUCAAAGACCCGAAGAUGGAUGUCAGCCUGCCACUGGAGGAUGUCAGUUUGCCAAAAGUCGACGUGGAGGUUGGAGGGCUGGAAGUUGCUGCUGGGAAGAUGGAGGUCGAAGGUGAAAUCAUUGGGGGCGAGAAAGAGGCCAAAGGCAAAGACAGCAAGUUCAAAAUGCCCAAAUUCGGCAUGCCUUCCUUUGGGUGGUCCAGCUCCAAAGAGGCCCGGGUGGGAGUAGCCAAUGUGGAGGUGAGCCUCACCGGGCCCCAGGUGACCUUGCCGGCAGCCAGCGUGGAAGGAGAGGUCAGCACUUCUGCCGCUGAGAUCCAUGCUCCCAGUGUGGACCUCGACAUUGCCAUCAAAGAGGGGGAGAAGGGGAAAAUGAAGAUGCCAAGCGUGACGCUUCCCAAGGUGAAGAUGCCACACAUGCAGGUCAGCCUGCCGAAGGCCGAGGCUGAUGUUACAAUUCCCGACACCCAAGCUGAAAUGAAAGGCGGAGACAUAGCAGUGAAGUUCCCAGCUGCAGAAGGCAGCAUCGACAUGCCUGCAGGCAAAGCCAAGGGAACAGGAAUAGAAAUCCACAUGCCAAAAGUCAAGAUGCCUAGUAUGGGAUUCUCCAAACCCGACGUCAAAGCGCCCAAACUCGAUGUGGAUGUCACCUUACCCAAAGUCGACGUCUCCCUGCCCACCUGUGAGGUCAGCCUUCCCCAAGCGGACCUGAAGGCAGGCCCUGUGGUCGGCGACAUAAGCAUCACCACGCCAGAUGUGAAGGUUCCUGCACUGGAAGGCAGCCUGGAUGUUAAGACGCCCCAGAUUGAUGCUGAAGCGCCAUCUGCCCAGAUUGCAGUGGGUGGUGUUGACCUGGACACCGGGGGCCUGAAAGGCAAGAUUAAGAUGGCAAAAUUUGACAAGCCAAAGUUUGGAGUUUCCCUCCACAAAGGGCACGUGAAAGAAGGCAAGAUCAGCCUGUCUAUGGUGGAAGGGGACCUUCCCCAGGCCAAAGUGACAGCCGAGGUCGCGGUCGUGUCGCUGGAGACCCCUCAUGUCCAGGUGAAAGCCGAGGUGCCAGACACCGAAGCCGAUGUCUCCAGUUGGAAACUGCAAAUGCCAUCCCUGAAAAUGCCCCAAAUACCAAAAGCUGACCUCAAAGGCCCUAAGAUGGACAUUAGCCUGCCUUCGGUGGAUGUCAGUAUGCCAAAAGUCGAUGUGGAGGUUGGUGGGCUGGAAGUUGCUGCUGGGAAGAUGGAGGUCGAAGGUGAAAUCAAUGCAGGGGAGAAAGAGACCAAAGGCAAAGACAGCAAGUUCAAAAUGCCCAAAUUCGGCAUGCCUUCCUUUGGCUGGUCCAGCUCCAAAGAGGCCCGGGUGGGAGCAGCUGAUGUGCAGGUGAGCCUCACCGGGCCCCAAGUGACCUUGCCAGCAGCCAGCGUGGAAGGAGAGGUCAGCGUGCCUGCCGCUGAGAUCCAGGCUCCAGGUGUGGACCUCGACAUUGGGGUGUCUGCCAGAAAAGAUGGGGAGAAGGGGAAAAUGAAGAUGCCAAGCGUGACGCUUCCCAAGGUGAAAAUGCCACACGUGCAGGUCAGCCUGCCGAAGGCCGAGGCUGAUGUUUCACUUUCUGACACCCAAGGUGAAAUGAGAGGAAGAGACUUAGCAGUGAAGGUCCCAGCUGCACAGGGCAGAAUUGACAUGCCUGUAGGCAAAGCAGAGGGAGCGGGAAUGAAAAUCCACAUGCCAAAAGUCAAGAUGCCUAGUAUGGGAUUCUCUAAACCCGACAUCAAAGCACCCGAACUCGACGUGGAUGUCACCUUACCCAAAGUCCAAAUCACCCUGCCCACCUGUGAGGUCAGCCUUCCCCAAGCGGACCUGAAGGCAGGCCCUGUGGAUGGUGAUAUCAGCAUCACCACACCGGAUGUGAAGGCUCCUCCACUCGAAGGCAGCCUGGAUGUGAAGAUGCCCCAGAUUGAUGCCGAAGCGCCAUCUGCCCAGAUUGCAUUGGGCGGUGCCGAGCUGGACACUGGGGGCCUGACAGAGAAUAUUAAGAUGCCAAAAUUUGACAAGCCAAAGUUUGGAGUUUCUGUCCCCAAAAAGCCUGUGCCAGAAGGCAAGAUCAGCCUGCCUAUGGUGGAAGGGGACCUUUCCCAGGCCAAAGUGACAGCCGAGGGGGCGGUCAUGUCACUGGAGACCCCCGAGGUCCAGGUGAAAGUGGAGGUUCCAGACACCGAAGCCGACGUCUCCAGCUGCAAAGUGCAAAUGCCAUCCCUGAAAAUGCCCAAAAUGCCAAAAGCUGAACUCAAAGGCCCAAAGAUGGACGUCAGCCUGCCAUCGGGGGACGUUAGUCUGCCAAAAGUGGAUGUAGAGUUUGGAGGGCUGGAAGUUGCUGCUGGGAAGAUGGAGGUCGAAGGUGAAAUCAAAGUGGGCGAGAAAGAGGCCAAAGGCAAAGACAGCAAGUUCAAAAUGCCCAAAUUCGGCAUGCCUUCCUUUGGGUGGUCCAGCUCCAAAGAGGCCCGGGUGGGAGCAGCCGAUGUGGAGGUGAGCCUCACGGGGCCCCAGGUGACCUUGCCGGAAGCCAGCGUGGAAGGAGAGGCCAGUACGCCUCACGCUGAGAUCCAGGCUCCGGGUGUGGACCUCGACAUUGCCACCAAAGAGGGGGAGAAGGGGAAAAUGAAGGUGCCAAGAGUGACGCUUCCCAAGGUGAAGAUGCCACCUGUGCAGGUCAGCCUGCCGAAGGCUGAGGCUGAUGUUUCACUUCCCGACACCCAAGCUGAAAUGAAAGGGGGAGACUUAGAGGUUAAGGUCCCAGCUCCAGAGGGCAGCAUUGACAUGCCUGCUGGCAAAGCUGAGGGCAUGGGAAUGAAAAUGCACAUGCCAAAAGUCAAGAUGCCUAGUAUGGGAUUCUCAAAACCUGACAUCAAAGCGCCCAAACUCGACGUGGACGUCACCUUCCCCAAACUCGACGUCACCCUGCCCACCUCCGAGGUCAGCCUUCCCCAAGCAGACCUGAAGGCAGGACCUGUGGACGGAGAUAUAAGCAUCACAACGCCAGACGUGAAGGCUCCUGCACUGGAAGGCAGCCUGGAUGUGAAGACACCCCAGAUUCAUGCCAAAGCACCACCUGCCCAGAUUGCAUUGGGCGGUGCUGAGCUGGACACCGGCGGCAUGAAAGAGAAGAUUAAGAAGCCAAAAUUUGACAAGCCAAAGUUGGGAGUUUCCCUCCCCAAAGGGCACGUGCCAGAAGGCAAGAUCAGCCUGCCUAUGGUGGAAGGGGACCUUCCCCAGGCCAAAGUGACAGCUGAGGGGGCGGUUAUGUCACUGGAGACUCCCGAGGUCCAGGUGAAAGCAGAGGUGCCAGACACCGAAGCUGACAUCUCCAGCUGGAAAGUUCAAAUCCCAUCCCUGAAAAUGCCCCAAAUGCCAAAAGCUGACAUCAAAGGCCGGAAGAUGGAUGUCAGCCUGCCAUCGGUGGACGUCAGCCAGCCAAAAGUCGAUGUGGAGGUUGGAGGGAUGGAAGUUGCUGCUGGGAAGAUGGAGGUCGAAGGUGCAAUCAAAGCGAGCGAAAAAGAGGCCAAAGGCAAAGACAGCAAGUUCAAAAUGCCCAAAUUCGGCAUGCCUUCAUUUGGCUGGUCCAGCUCCAAAGAGGCCUGGGUAGGAGCAGCCGAUGUGGAGGUAAGCGUCACCGGGCCCCAGGUGACCUUGCCGGCAGCCAGCAUGGAAGGAGAGGUCAGCGUGCCUGCCGCUGAGAUCCGGGCUCCCAGUGUGGACCUCGACAUUGGGGUGUUUGCCAGCAAAGAAGGGGAGAAGGGGAAAAUGAAGAUGCCAAGCGUGACGCUUCCCAAGGUGAAGAUGCCACACGUGCAGGUCAGCCUGCCGAAGACUGAGGCUGAUGUUUCAUUUCCCGACACCCAAGCUGAAAUGAAAGGGGGAGACUUAGCAGUGAAGGUCCCAGCUCCAGAGGGCAGCAUCGACAUGCCUGCAGGCAAAGCUGAGGGCACGGGAAUGAAAAUGCACAUGCCAAAAGUCAAGAUGCCUAGUAUGGGAUUCUCCAAACCUGACAUCAAAGCACCCAAACUAGACGUGGACAUCACCUUACCCAAAAUAGACGUCACCCUGCCCACCUGUGAGGUCAGCCUUCCCGAAGCAGACCUGAAGGCGGGCCCUGUGGACGGUGAUAUGAGCAUCACUGCACCGGAUGUGAAGGCUCCUGCACUGGAAGGCAGCCUGGAUGUGAAGACGCCCCAGAUUGAUGCCGAAGCGCUAUCUGCCCAAAUUGCAGUGGGUGGCACUGAGCUGGACACAGGAGGCCUGAAAGAGAAGAUUAAGAUGCCAAAAUUUGACAAGCCAAAGUUUGGAGUUUCCCUCCCCAAAGUGCACAUGCCAGAAGACAAGAUCAGCCUGCCUAUGGUGGAAGGGGACUUUCCCCAGGCCAAAGUAACAGCCGAGGGGGCGGUCAUGUCGCUGGAGACCCCCGAGGUCCAGGUGAAACCCAAAGUGCCAGACACCGAAGUCGACGGCUCCAGCUGGAAAGUGCAAAUGCCAUCCCUGAAAAUGCCCCAAAUGCCAAAAGCUGACAUCAAAGGCCUGAAGAUGGAUGUCAGCCUGCCAUCGGUGGACGUCAGUCUGCCAAACGUCGAUGUGGAGGUUGGAGGGCUGGAAGUUGCUGCUGGGAAGAUGGAGGUCGAAGGUGAAAUCAAAGCAGGCAAGAAAGAGACCAAAGGCAAGGACAGCAAGUUCAAAAUGCCCAAAUUCGGCAUGCCUUCCUUUGGCUGGUCCAGCUCCAAAGAGGCCCGGGUGGGAGCAGCCGAUGUGGAGGUGAGCCUCACCGGGCCCCAGGUGACCUUGGCAGCAGCCAGCGUGGAAGGAGAGGUCAGCGCGCCUGCUGCUGAGAUCCAGGCUCCCGGUGUGGACCUCGACAUUGCAAGCAAAGAAGGGGGGAAGGGGAAAAUGAAGAUGCCAAGCAUGAUGCUUCCCAAGGUGAAGAUGCCACACGUGCAGAUCAGCCUGCCGAAGGCCGAGGCUGACGUUUCAAUUCUCGACACCCAAGCUGAAAUGAGAGGGGGAGACAUAGCAGUGAAGGUCCCAGCUGCAGAAGGCAGCAUCGACAUGCCUGCAGGCAAAGCCAAGGGAACGGGAAUGAAAAUGCACAUGCCAAAAGUCAAGAUGCCUAGUAUGGGAUUCUCCAAACCCGACGUCAAAGCGCCCAAACUCGACGUGGACGUCACCUUACCCAAAGUCGACGUCACCCUGCCCACCUGUGAAGUCAGCCUUCCCCAAGCGGACCUGAAGGCAGGCCCUGUGGUCGGCGACAUCAGCAUCACCUCGCCAGAUGUGAAGGCUCCUGCACUGGAAGGCAGCCUGGAUUUGAAGACGCCCCAGAUUGAUGCCAAAGCGCCAUCUGCCCAGAUUGCAUUGGGCGGUGCUGAGCUGGACACCGGUGGCUUGAAAGGGAUAAUUAGGAAGCCAAAAUUUGACAAGCCAAAGUUUGGAGUUUCCCUCCCCAAAGGGCCUAUGCCAGAAGGCAAGAUCAGCCUGCCUACGGUGGAAGGGGACCUUCCCCAGGCCAAAGUGACAGCUGAGGGGAUGGUCGUGUCGCUGGAGACCCCCGAGGUCCAGGUAAAAGCAGAGGUUCCAGACACUGAAGCCGACGUCUCCAGCUGGAAAGUGCAAAUGCCAUCCCUGAAAAUGCCCAAAAUGCCUAAAUCUGACAUCAAAGGCCCGAAGAUGGACGUCAGCCUGCCAUCGGUGGACGUCAGUCUGCCAAAAAUCGAUGUGGGGGUUGGAGGGCUUGAAGUUGCUGCUGGGAAGAUGGACGUCGAAGGUGAAGUUAAAGCAGGCGAGAAAGAGGCCAAAGGCAAAGACAGCAAGUUCAAAAUGCCCAAAUUCGGCAUACCUUCCUUUGGGUGGUCCAGCUCCAAAGAGGCCCAGGUGGGAGCAGCCCUUGUGGAGGUAAGCGUCACCGGGCCCCAGGUGACCUUGCCAGCAGCCAGCGUGGAAGGAGACGUUAGCGCGCCUGCCGCUGAGAUUCAGGCUCCCGUUGUGGACCUCGACAUUGGGGUGUCUGCCAGCAAAGAGGGGGAGAAGGGGAAAAUGAAGAUGCCAAGCGUGACGCUUCCCAAGGUGAAGAUGCCACACGUGCAGGUCAGCCUGCCGAAGGCUGAGGCUGAUGUUUCACUUCCCGACACCCAAGCUGAAAUGAAAGAGGGAGACUUAGCAGUGAAGGUCCCAGCUGCAGAAGGCAGCAUCGACAUCCCUGCAGGCAAAGCUGAGGGCAUGGGAAUGAAAAUGCGCGUGCCAAAAGUCAAGAUGCCUAGUAUGGGAUUCUCCAAACCCGACAUCAAAGCGCCCAAACUCGACGUGGACGUCACCUUACCCAAAGUCGAUGUCACCCUGCCUACCUGUGAGGUCAGCCUUCCCCAAGCGGACCUGAAGGCGGGCCCUGUGCACGGCGAUAUCAGCAUCACCACGCCAGAUGUGAAGGCUCCUGCACUGGAAGGCAGCCUGGAUGUGAAGACGCCCCUGAUUGAUGCCAAAGCGCCAUCUGCCCAGAUUGCAUUGGGUGGUGUCGAGCUGGACACUGGGGGCCUGAAAGGGAAGAUUAAGAAGCAAAAACUUGACAAGCCAAAGUUUGGAGUCUCCCUCCCCAAAGGGCCUAUGCCAGAAGGCAAGAUCAGCCUGCCUACGGUGGAAGGGGACCUUCCCCAGGCCAAAGUGACAGCCGAGGGGGCGGUCAUUUCACUGGAGACCCCCGAGGUCCAGGUGAAAGCCGAGAUGCCAGACACCGAAGCCGACAUCUCCAGCUGGAAAGUGCAAAUGCCAUCCCUGAAAAUGCCCAAAAUGCCAAAAGCUGAACUCAAAGGCCCGAAGAUGGAUGUCAACCUACCAAAGGUUGAGGUGGAGGUUGAAAGGUUGGAAGUUGCUGCUGGGAAGAUGGAGGUCGAAGGUGAAAUCAAAGUGGGCAAGAAGGAGGCCAAAGGCAAAGACAGCAAGUUCAAAAUGCCCAAAUUCGGCAUGCCUUCCUUUGGCUGGUCCAGCUCCAAAGAGGCCCAGAUUGGAGCAGCCGAUGUGGAGGUGAGCCUCACCGGGCCCCAGGUGACCUUGCCGACAGCCAGCGUGGAAGGAGAGGUCAGUGCACCUGCCGCUGAGAUCCAGGCUCCCGGUGUGGACCUCGACAUUGGGGUGUCUGCCAGCAAAGAGGGGGAGAAGGUGAAAAUGAAGAUGCCAAGCGUGACGCUUCCCAAGGUGAAGAUGCCACAUGUGCAGGUCAGCCCGCCCAAGGCCGAGGCUGAUGUUUCACUUCCCGACACCCAAGCUGAAAUGAGAGGGGGAGACUUAGCAGUGAAGGUCCCAGCUCCAGAGGGCAGCAUCGACAUGCCUGCAGGGAAAGCCGAGGGUACAGGGAUGAAAAUACACAUGCCAAAAGUCAAGAUGCCUAGUAUUGGAUUCUCCAAACCCGACAUCAAAGCACCCAAACUAGACGUGGACAUCACCUUCCCCAAAGUCGACGUCACCCUUCCCACCUGUGAGGUCAGCCUUCCCCAAGCGGACCUGAAGGUGGACCCCUUGGAUGGUGAUAUCAGCAUCACCAUGCCAGAUGUGAAGGCUCCUGCACUGGAAGAGAGCUUGGAUGUGAAGAUGCCCCAUACUGAUGCCGAAGCACCAUCUGCCCAGAUUGCAUUGGGCGGUGCCGAGCUGGACACUGGGGGCCUGAAAGGGAAGAUUAAGAAGCCUAAAUUUGACAAGCCAAAGUUUAGAGUUUCCCUCCCCAAAGGGAAUGUGCCAGAAGGCAAGAUCAACCUACCUAUGGUGGAAGGGGAUCUUCCCCAGGCCAAAGUGACAGCCGAGGGGGCGGUCCUGUCACUGGAGACCCCCGAUGUCCAGGUGAAAGCCGAGCUUCCAGACACUGAAACCGACAUCUCCAGCUGGAAAGUGCAAAUGCCAUCCCUGAAAAUGCCCCAAAUGCCAAAAGCUGACAUUAAAGGCCCGAAGAUGGACGUCAGCCUUCCAUCGGUGGACAUCUGUCUGCCAAAAGUCGAUGUGGAGGUUGGUGGGCUGGAAGUUGCUGCUGGGAAGAUGGAGGUUGAAGGUGAAAUCAAAGCGGGUCAGAAAGAGGCCAAAGGCAAAGACAGCAAGUUCAAAAUGCCCAAAUUUGGCAUGCCUUCUUUUGGCUGGUCCAGCUCCAAAGAGGCCCGGGUGGGAGCAGCCGAUGUGGAGGUGAGCCUCACCGGGCCCCAAGUGACCUUGCCAGCAGCCAGCGUGGAAGGAGAGGCCAGCGCGCUUGCCGCUGAGAUCCAGGCUCCUGGUAUGGACCUUGACAUUGGGGUGUCUGCCAGCAAAGAGGGGGAGAAGGGGAAAAUGAAGAUGCCUCAUUUUAGAAUGCCUAAGGUAUCACUUUCAAAAAUUUCCAAAAUGCCAGGGAGUCAUCCCAAAUUAGAAGAAGAGAUUUCUGAAUCUAAAGUGGAUCCUGAUAUAAUUGUGGAAGGAGAGCCAAUCCUGAUUUCGAGUGCAGGAAGCAGUGCUGAUGUUCCUGAUGUGAAAGGAGAUCUUGGCGGUGUUAAUAUUAAUUUACCUAAAUUUAGGAUUCCUAGUUUGGGCUUUUCUAAGCUUGAUAUUAGUUCCCUAAAGUCGGACCAGGAAUCCAGUUUACCAAGUGUUGAUGUUAUGCUUACUAAGUAUCAAGUGAGUGUUGAAGUCCCUGAGAUCAAAUCUGACACUGCCAUUAGUGACGUAACGCUUUCUCAGGGUGAAACUCAAGUUGCAGCAACACAAAGUUCUGGUGAGCUGAAGAAUGCAGAAGUGGAUGCUGAUAUUUCUGUGGAUGAUACAGAUGUUAAUGUUGAAGGUUUGGAAGGGAAGGUUAAAAAACCCAAGUUUCAUAAACCUAAAAUUGGUUUUUCUCUGAGUCAGGGUAAAGUCGGGAAGACAGAUCUCAACUUAACUGAAACAGAGACCGAGACUCCUGUAGCAAAGUUGGCAGCUGAUGUCACCAGCAUAUCAAUUGAUACUCCAUCUUUUGAUAUUAAAUCUAAAGUAUCUAGUUCAGAAAUUGAAGUGUCAGACUUAAUAUUGCCAAUGCCAAUGCUCAAAAUGCCUCAUAAGCCUAAAGCUGAAGGGAAAGCACCAAGUGUGGACAUCAGUCUCCCAUUAGAUGAUGUUAAAAUGUCAAAGGCAGAGAUGGACAUUCAUGGACCAGAUUUGGAAAGUAAAGCAGUAAAGGGAGAGAGUGAAGUUAAAUUAGAAGAAAAAGACCCUGAAGGCAAGGAAAGCAAGUUCAAAAUGCCCAAAUUUAAACUGCCCUCUUUCAGUUGGUCACCAAAGAAAGAAGCCAUUGUUCAAUCUGAUAUUGAAGGAACCCUGGAGGGGCGUAUCUUGACCUCACCAUCCGGAGAAACAGAAUCAUUUGAAAUAAUACAAACUGCCCCUGAAAGUCAGGGACUAAGUGUGGAACUGGAUAGUGAGGUAUCUUUAGGAAAGGAUGGUGAAAAGGGCAAAAUGAAAAAGCCUCAGUUUAUCAUGCCAAAGAUCUCACUUCCUAAGAUGAAGGGUCACAAAGUCAAAAUAGACACUGAUACUAGUGGCUCAACACUAGAAACAGAAGGAGAUGGUUUGCUACAGAUGUCAGGGAAAGGAAGCAGUGGAGAUAAAGCCGGAGUAGGCAUAAAAAUGCCAAAAGUUAAGAUCCCUACUUUGGAAUUUUCCAAACCAGAAAUCAAAGCCACCAGACAGGACCUGGACAUCAGCUCCCCUAAAACUGAUGUUGCAGUUCCUACUUGUGAUGUAAGCCUUCAAGAAGCUGACCUGAAAUUGAGGUCUACUGACGAUGGUAUCGGCCUGUCAGCCUCCGAUAUCAAAAUUCCAACAGCAAAAGGCUCCAUACAGGUGAAGGGUCCAGAAACAGGAUUUGCAGGACCAUCAGCUGGUAUUGGUGAGGGUGGAGUAGAAAUAAAAGUUGAAGACCUUGAAGGGAAGACCAAAAUGACCAAAUUGCAAAAGCCAAAGUUUGGCAUUUCACAUUCUAAAGGGAAAGUGAUGGAGGCUGAAUCGGGAGCUGAGGUUCCUCACCUGAAAGUGAUGACUGAUAUUACUGAAAUUGCUGUGGAAGCACCAACUUUAGAAGUUAAGUCUGUCAUCCCUGGUGCAGAAACAGAAGCUGCAAGCUAUAAAAUCAAAAUGCAUCAAAUGUCUGAAACUGAGUUUAAAGCAGCAAAGGUUGACGUUAGGCUUCCAUCAGUUGAUGUUUCUAUUCCCAAGGCCGAGAUUCAAGAUUCUGAUAUGGCAGUAAAGCCUGAAGGAGAAAUCAAACCUGGAGAUGCAGAUGGAGAUGAGAAAGAAGGGCAUUUCAAACUGCCAAAAUUUAAACUACCAUCAUUUAAUUGGUCACCAAAGAAGGAAACAACUGUUAAAGCUGAUUCAGAAGCACUGGAAGAAUGUGAAAUUACUGUAGCUCCAGGCAAAAUAGACCCCAAGCUAACAGUAAUUCCAGCUGAGGAUCAGGGUUCUAGUGUAGAUCCUGAUAUUAAAGUAUCAACUGGAAAAGAAGAACAAAAAAGUCAAAUGAAAAAGCCUCAGUUUGCCAUGCCUAAAAUAUCACUCUCUAAAAUAAAGGUUCCGAAAUCUCAGGUUAAUCUGCCAAAAGGGGAAGCUGAUAGAGAUGACUCAGUACAGAUACCCGAUAUAGAAAGCAGUCGUAGCGAAAGCAUGGACGAGGGGACACAAAUAAGCAUAAAACCAUCAAAAGUGAAAAUCCCUACUUUAGAAUUUUCCAAACCAGAGAUCAAACCCCCGAAAGUAGACAUAGAUGUUAGCUUAUCAAAGGCUGACACCACUCUUCCUGCACUUGAUGCGGGCGUCUAUCAAGCUGACCUGAUAUUAGGGUCUGGCAGUGAAGAUAUCAGUCUGAAAACAGAUAUUAAGCUUCCUGAAAAAGAAGCAUCCAUUAAGCUGAAGAGUCCAGAAUCUGAUGUUGAAGGACCGUCAGCUGUGGAUGGAGCAGAGGCGAAAGUGGAAGAUCUUGAAGGGAAAAUUAAAAUGCCUGGAUUCCAGAAGCCGAAGUUUGGAAUCUCCCUUACAAAAGGGAAAGGGCCUGAGAUGGAGAUCAGUUUACCCAAAAUGGAAGCUGAGGUUCCUCAGCUUAAAUUGACAACAGAUAUUACUGAUCUUGCAAUGGACACUUCAGUACCAAAAGUUAAAUCUGAUGUUUCUGGUGAAGGACUAGAGGCUUCAGCUGAAAAAAUCAAAACGGGUCCAUUGCCUGCAGCUGACAUUAAGGCUCCAAAGGUGGACAUUAGUCUCCCAUCGGUUUCUGACUCAACGGCAGAGGUGGCAAUUCUAAGCCCCGAGGGGAAAGAUAUAAAAAUGGAAGGAGAACAUGAAACAAAGUCUGGAGAAAUUCAGACUGGAGAACAUCAGGGCUGGUUUAAAAUGCCCAAAUUCAGAAUGCCAACAUUUGGUCGUUCAUCUUCAAAGGAAAAAAAAAGUGACGUUGACUUUGAAGGAAGUCUGGAAAAGGCUCAAAUAAGUGUUCCUUCUGUGGAAAUACAAGGUGAAAUAAGUGCUCCUGAAAAUGCAAACUUGUUGCCACAGGUAGAUGCUGAAUCUGCUGCUGGAAAAGCUGUUUUGGAAAGCACAAUGAAAUCUGUUCAAGAAGAGAUUCCAAAAUUGGGAGUUUCAGUACCCAAAAUAAAGAGUUCUGAUGUCAGUUUGUCAAAGUUUGAAGCAGAUGUUUCACUAACUGCAGAAAAAUCAGGCAUUGACAUGAGUUUUCCAAAAACUGAAACUUAUGCUGAUGUAGUUAAGCGCAGUGCUGACGGACAAAAAUUACAAGUUCACGUGCCAAAAACUGCAGGUCCUCAGGUAGAACUCACAGCAUCAGAAAUUAGUGCUUCGAAAACCAUUACGCUUCCCAGAUACGAUCUGACCCUUCAAGAACACAAAGCCAAAUCAGAGUGUGUAGAGGUCCCGUCAGCAGAAUGUCACAUUGAAGUGAAGAGUCCAGACACAGGAGUCAGAGCAGCACCGGGUGAAAUUACCGUGGAUGGAACACAAGGGAAAUCAGACUUUGCUUUUCCAAAGGCAGAACUGGACAUUCAAGGCCUAACUACGUCAGUUAAAACUGAAAAGGGAAAGGGUGAGAUCAAAUCUGCAGGAAAGGACGUCCAAGGAAAAGAAAGUAAAUUCAAAAUCCCCAAAUUCAGUGUACCUUCACUUGGGUGGUCUGCAACAAAGGAAACAGGAGAUGUUUCACUGCCUGAAACUGAAAUAGGUAUAGCAGAAAUCCAGUUUCAAAAAGAGGAAGGAUCCAUUGAUCUGAAAGGUCCAAAGACAGAACUUAAGGAACCAUCAACCAGAAUGUCAGUGGACAGUACAGACCAACAACGUGAGCCAGAGAUCAAUGUUAAAAUUCCCAAAUUGAGAAUACCAAGUUUCACUUACAGUGCACUCCCUCCUGAAGUUGAUGUUUCAACAUCCAAAAUGACAAUAGAUGCCAAAGGAGCUGCUGUUGACACUGAAGCACAAAUACUAGAAGUGGGAAGUGCAGUCCCUCCAGAAAUACUAGAGGCUGUAGGUGGGACUAUACAAAGGUCAACAGCCAUCUUUCCACCAUCAACUGAGCUUGAUAUUAAAACAACACAGGUAGAAAUGAUGUUGCCUGCCGCAGAGUUUUGUAUUCCAAAAGCAGCACUAGACAGUCCAAGGUCGCAUGUAGAGAGCAAACAAAUAAAGACUGAGGGUGAUGUUGAAUCUGGACGUAUUGACAUUGAAAAACAUGAAACUUACUCCACUCAGAUAGUGAAAGAAUCUGAGAUUCUUCCAUCAGAAAUUAAAACUGCUGCUUUUGGCUUUUCACUUCUCAAAGCGAAGAUUCCUGAAUCGCAGAUUAACUUAGAUAUACCGGUCAAACAGCAGUCAUAUACAGAAUAUAAAAGUGCUGAGUUUGAGAGUGAAGUUCACCAAGUUAAACAGUCUGAUGACAGUUCAGGAACAGCAAUGGAAAGGACUGAUACUGCUGAGCAUGAAUUACUUGAUAAGCCACAGUGCGAGACUGAAGUAUCUGGUAUGGCAGUGUCUGUCAACGUUAGUUUGCCAGAACUGAAAAGCUUUGCGGUUGAAGUACAGCCUUCCAGCAAAUUGGAAGAAGGUCCUCUUGAUAAGCAACCAGAAGAAGUAACUGUAUCUCCUCUUUCUAAAGACAGUGAAGUAGCUGAAGUACCAGAAGAUGAAAAAAAAGAUAUGAAGGAUCAAAAAGAAAAACCUGAUAGUAAAAGAUCUCCUGGAAGAUUCAAGUUUUGGCUUCCAAGCAUUGGAUUUUCUUCCUCUGUUGAUGACACAAGCUUGGAUUCCAAAACCGAAGUAAAAAAACCAGAAGAAACACAACCUGCUGAUACAUCAACGUCAGAUACUGACUCUUCGAAGCAGACUGAAAAAACCGGAUGGUUUAGAUUCCCCAAACUAGGUUUUACAUCUCCAUCAAAAAAGGCCAAGAUGGUUGACAAGGAAGAGACAAAUCUAAAAGAAAGGAAAAGUUCAGAUGAAGAAAGUCCCUCAGAGACUCAUGAUACAUUUUUUGAUGCAAAAGAAAGCUUAUCGCCUAAAGAAGCAACAACAAAAAGUGAAGACAACGAAACAGGGACCUCAUCAGAUGUUCAAGAUUCUGGUGCUAUAGUUACAUCUUCAGCAAGAACAGAACUAAUAUUGUUGGAAGAGGAAAGAGCUAGUCAAUAAAAUAUUCCUAAAGAUGAAACCAAAUGAGGAUUUCUUUUCUUGACUGAAACACAUAUUGGAAAUUUGGAAGCAGACUGUAUUAGAAAAAAAGACACGCAGAAAUAUGUUACCUUCUCCAAGAGUUUUCAACGAACUGAAAAUGGAACUGAAAUGUAUCGAGUCUAAAGAAUAUUCUUCACUACAGUUGCAUUUCCAAGUACAUAAAUGUGUCAUAUAGUAGCUCCUGUUAAAGAUAUUUGUUUCUAGGAUUUGCUCCAGAAGAAACAACGACUAAGGAAAAUGAGGUGUUCAUAGUUAAUUAAUAAAGUUCAGUCACAAUUCUCUUGAUCAUGCAAAAUAAACCAUCGAAUGGAGCAAAGACACUAAAAAGACUGAUUCAUUCUAGAUGUCUAAAACAUGCCAAUUAUGUUUAGGCUGUAGAUUAUUUGCCGAAAAGAGUAUGAAGCUACUGCUACGAGGACUUGAAACAUAUUUACCUGUUUCGAUUGUAUUUUAAAAUGUAUUUCCAUCCUGAAAUUGCUUUUUUAAAUAUAUUUUCUUUAUGUCAGAUAGAAUUAUAUGUGUAUUCCACGGUCAUUUUAAAAUGUAGAACAAACAGAAAUAAUAGCUAGGGCAAUACUUUUUUCCUUUUUUUUUUUUUUUUGGUUAAUAGGGUGGUUACUGUUUAGUCUUAAAAGCCAAAAAAAACUGUUGUGAAAAGCUAUAUAGUUGAUUUGUAUCAAAAUGCUAAAAUAAAGGAUGGCAACUGAGGAGAGUAACAAAAAUUGGGGGUAAUAAGGUUCAUGAUGUAUAUACAAAUAUACCAAAUGAGUUAAUGCACAGAAUGAAGCAUAUGAUCUAUAGCACUUCAGUGGAAUCACUCCAAAGCUUUUCUAGAAAAAUAAGAUGUAUAUAGUUAUAUACUUUUUUGUUUAUAUUAAAGCCUCUCUCAAGUGCACAACCAAACAAAAAGGUACAUACCUGAUAGCAUUCACUGUACAUGUAUUAUUACAAUGUCAAAUAUAUUCGCAAUUCACAGUAAAUUCACUGUAUGGAUAAUAAAUGCGGUAACAUUA